GGUGUGGACGCUGCGAGCCGGUAGCCCCAAGGCCGACCGGGAUGGGCUGCACAUCAUGCCCUCGGAGUGCCAGCCUCUGAGAGCAGUCCAGGAGCCAUGGACACCAACCUGCCAGGCACCUUCCUGCUCAGCGGCCCUUCACUGGCCCCCUUCCCUGAGGCCAAGGCACCUGUCUGCCAAUACUCGGUGCAGAGCUCCUUCUACAAGCUGGGUCCCCCCGGGCUGGGUGCCCAACUGGCUGCCGGCACCCCACACGGCAUCUCCGACAUCCUCGGCCGGCCCACAGCGACUCCAAACAGCAGCCUACUGCCCAGCUACCCCCACGCAGGUGGAUUUAAUGGACUGAGCUCCCCAGGCGUCUAUUAUGGGCCACAGGUGGGGGCCCUCCCUAAAGCCAGCAGCGAUUACGUGCCACGGGGCAGGAGCUGCUGGGCAGAGGCACCCGACUGGCAGGGCAGCCGGCAGUGCGGUGGCCCCCCUGCACACCUGACUGACAGCCUGCACAAGAAGAAGCACACGCGUCCGACCUUCACAGGGCAUCAGAUCUUCGCUCUGGAGAAGACAUUUGAACAGACCAAGUACCUGGCAGGGCCAGAGAGGGCACGGCUGGCAUAUUCCCUUGGCAUGACUGAGUCCCAGGUGAAGGUUUGGUUCCAGAACCGACGCACCAAAUGGAGGAAGAAGAGUGCCCUGGAGCCCUCCUCCUCCUCGCAGCGGGCGGGGGGCUCCAGUGGAGAGCGGGCAGCCUCUGAGACCGAGGAUGAUGAGUACAACAAGCCCCUGGACCCUGACUCUGACGAUGAGAAGAUUCGGCUGCUGCUGAGGAAGCACCGUGCAGCCUUCUCUGUGCUGGGGCUGGGCACACACAGUGGCUGAGCACCUGGGAAUGGGUUCUGCUGUGCCCCCACUGCAGCUCCUGCCCAGGGCUCAGGGUCUGGGAACAGCAGCAAUGAAAUAAAAGCCCCUGCCCCACAUGGGUCUGCAAUGCGGGGUGCCCCAAAGGCUGGGCUGGGAAGGGGCUGAGGCUGGGGGUCCAUGUAUGGGGCAGGAAUGUCCCCCAGAGUUUCCCCAGGUUGGGUGUGUGCUGGUAGCAAGAAGUGCUGUCCAAAAGUCACUCGUUAGGGCCUCUUGUUGGAACCUAUUAGCAGCAAAUAAAUAUCAUUUAUCUUAA